UUCUUCUGUUUCUUCUCGCAAGUUUUCUCAUGCACCCACUUUGAGCAAAAAAUUUCUUCAAAUUUCGCACUCGCCACCUGCAUUUUUCCUUUUCCACCCGCCAAAAUCUAAGACUGUACGUAAAUUAGAGAAGAUUUUGUACUGAAAAAGAGAGAAUUUUGGUUCAUAAUGGCUGGGAAUCGAGAAAAUUUGAGGGCUUUUAGACCUUUACUAACAGUUGUAUGGAGCUUUCUGUUAGCUUCAAUAUUUGUUUCUGCUGAAGGAAGAAGCUUAAAGCAGAAUUUUUUAGCACAUAAUGCAAAUGGGUUUUCACAUUCUGAUUUAGAUAUUUUAACAAAUUAUCAGAAUUUUACACGGCAAGCCAACAAAUCUGGUUACCAGCACGUUUGGCCGGAUCUGAAAUUCAACUGGCAAAUUGUUGUUGGAAGCAUAAUUGGAUUUUUCGGAGCAUCUUUUGGAAGUGUUGGUGGCGUUGGUGGUGGUGGGGUAUUUGUUCCCAUGCUUACUCUGGUUAUUGGAUUUGAUCCGAAAUCAUCAGCUGCUAUCUCAAAAUGUAUGAUCAUGGGAGCUGCAGUCUCGACUGUUUGCUAUAAUCUUAAGCUCAGGCAUCCAACUAUUGAUAUGCCAAUUAUCGACUAUGACUUGGCUGUUCUCAUCCAACCUAUGCUUAUGCUAGGCAUUAGUAUCGGAGUUGCAUUCAAUGUGAUAUUUUCUGAUUGGAUGGUCACUGUUCUUUUAAUCAUUCUCUUUAUAGCAACAUCAAGUAAGGCCUUUUUCAAAGGAGUUGAAACAUGGAAAAAAGAAACUCUUGUGAAAAAGGAGACUGUAAAGCAAUUGGAGGCAAGUGGCAAUGUUACAGAAGAAGCAGAUAAUAAGCUUCAUAGUGGAGGCCUUAGUAAUGACACGGAAAAUGAAGCCAAAGACUUGGCAAAACCCAAGGUCGGUAUCCUUGAGAAUGUACGUUGGAAUGAACUUGGUCUUCUUGUCUUCGUUUGGAUGGCAUUUCUUGCAGUCCAGAUCAUCAAGAACUAUACAGCUACAUGUUCAGCAAUGUACUGGGUAAUGAACUUGCUGCAGAUCCCUGUGUCUCUUGGCGUAUCUGGUUAUGAAUCAAUUUGCCUAUACAAGGGAUGGAGAAAAAUUGCAUCUAAGGGAGAUGGAGGGUCCAACUUGAAAGUGCACCAGUUGAUAAUCUAUUGCUUGUUAGGCGUAUUGGCUGGUACAGUGGGUGGUUUACUGGGUGUGGGAGGUGGAUCUAUCAUGGGUCCGCUAUUUUUGGAGUUAGGCGUUCCACCUCAGGUUGCAAGUGCAACGUCCACCUUUGCUAUGAUGUUUUCCUCAUCAAUGUCCGUGGUUGAAUAUUACCUUCUAAAACGUUUUCCAGUUCCAUAUGCUCUUUGCUUGGUUGUUGUUGCCACUGUUGCUGCAUUUAUUGGCCAACACGUCGUGAGGAAGGUGAUCAUUAUAAUGGGACGGGCAUCAAUAAUCAUCUUUGUUUUGGCAUCUAUAAUCUUUGUGAGUGCCAUCUCUCUAGGUGGCGUUGGCAUUUCAAACAUGAUUGGAAAGAUAGAAAGACAUGAAUACAUGGGAUUUGAGAACCUUUGCAAGUAUAAUGUUUAACAUGCUACUUCGAAUUCUUCUUGUUAUAUUGUUACCAUUUCCAUUCUCGAUCCUGUUGCCGUCCUUGUCGAGGGGGAUGGGGUGGGUGUGAGCGCGAGAGUGCUUGCUUCUUUAGAUCAGUUAGGAUCAAAUGUCUUUCUGUUAUUUGCUUUGUUUCAUUGUUUGUUAUCGG